UCUGUCCAAUGAGCGCGAGGGUAGCCGCUAUUUUGAACUGGAGCGGCCGCUCUGUGCUGCUGGGAGCUCGAGAUGUGACUUUUCGCUCGUAAUUCUGACUUUUAUCGAACAUCAGCGGACUCGUGCUUCAGGUUCGAGCGUUUUGAAAACCAGUAACAGUAUUUCCACAGAUAAACGAUCACUCGAAAGUUCCUGCCGACACAGGCUGCAGUAACAGCAUCUGAGAAGACACCUGAAAAAAAGACGUCUUUCUCGUGUGAAAGAAGACAGGAAGUUCACCAGAAUGGCCAAUGAGACAACAGUGCGAACCUCAUUUGUUCAGGAAAAUGCAGAAGUUGAUGAAUUUCGUGAAAAUAUUCCACCCGGAAUCACCGCUGCAGCUGAGACCUCACAGCUCCAGGUCCAAGGAGAUGUGGCUGAAUAUUCCUCUGCAGAUCCAAGUGGAGAAAAUAAGCCUCUCCCUGACACCUGCACCUUUUCAACCCCAGCUCCAGUUAGCAGCAGUGGUGGAGCCAAGACAAGGUCUCGGAUGUCUGGACUUCAGUCUGCUUUAACACCAAUUUUAAAAUACUUAAACAUAGGAAACAAAUGUCCAUCUCCAGAGCCUUUGAAAUGUGGGAACAGUCCUCACCUUGGUGUUCCCUUUUUUCCCUUUGGUGUUACCACAGCAAGUUGUAAAAAAUCCACUGGAGGGUCGAGCCAACAUCCCAACUCAAAUUUCUCUAGUAGCCAUUCUGAUCGACCGUCGGGCGAUAAGGAUUCUCCUGUGUACUGGCUGCAGGACGAAUGCCUGCCAGAAAUUACUCUCCUUGAUUGUACAUAUGAUUCCACAAUGCAAAUGACUAGCACUGAAGGAAACACUUCUGACAUCCAGCCUCCUAAACUGUCAAAACAUAAUGGCACAACAGCUGGUACAGACCUGAAUGCUAAGAUGGUUGACACCCCUGAAAGGAAGGGUCAGCGCGAGCGCUGGCUGGAUGACAGAUAUUUCCCAGAAAUUACUCUCCUCGAUGUUACUCGUGAUUCAGAGUUUUCACCAGCAGCAGAAAUUUCCACAAUGGAAGUUACACAGGAUGUUUCCCCAGUGGACGCUGUGAAACACAGCAGGCCUUCGUCAGAGCUCAGCGGAUUAAUUGUGGCGGAGCCUGACGGGCCGGUCAUGAUGCAAACUGAAGAACUGUCAAGUACUCUAACUGGCAGUGUCACCAACACGACAAGCUCGUUUAGCGAAAACUCAAAGUGCGUGCAGGAAAACAUGAAAUCUUCUUUGGAAGCAACUCGGGAUAUUUCUGUGGGUAGUGCUCUAGAAAACAACACAUCCUCCCCAGAGCUCAGUGGACAAAACAUGAAGAGUCAAACAUCAGCUGAGGACACACUUGGGAUCCAUUCUGCUAAUGUGACUCGUGACAUAAGCUCCUCCAGCGACAUGUCAGUUCAGAGUGCGGCGUCACAGUUCUCUACUGCUGAUGUGCAGAGUAACACCAGUUUGAAAAAUGUCACCACUGAGAUUCAAGUGAAACCUGUGGAAACUUCUGUCGCUGUGGACGCUAACAAAGAAGAGCUGCUUUCACGUUGUGAUACUGAGUUGACGGGCAAAGAGCCAGAAACAAGCCCAAUAUCAGGAGGAUCUAUGAACAACACAUUCACUGUUGUUCCGGCUGCUGAUCUGAGUCCCUCCACUCAUUUAAACACCACUGAUCAAAUGUCCUCCCCUCAGAACAAGACUCUGGAUCUUCCACCAUCUAAUGUAAACAGCUCCGCAUCAGAAAGUGUGGCUGCAGGUCAGGUUAGUGCUGACGUGAAGAACACUACUGAAACCUCCCUCGAUACGAAUCAGAAUAGUUCCGCUGCUAAGUCAAGUGGCUCGUGUGAUGUGCAGAACGGAACUUUUGAUAUGCAUUCUCUUCAGAAAUCCUGUGGCAGUAGUACUUUAGGGGAAGCCAGUGCAGCUACCUUUUGCCUCCAGAACACUUUUGAUAGUAAACCUUGUAAACAGAAUGGCACAAUAACAAUAACAGAAACAAGCUCAAGCGACAGUCACCAGAAUACUUUGGACAAACCCUCUCCUUCAGAAGUCUGUAAUCCAACCACCAACUCUAAAGACCACACUUCUGAUGUCCACACUCCUGAAGUAUCAAAACAAAAUGGGACAACUAGUACAGACCCAGAUGUCAAGAUGGCCGACACACGUGAGAAGACAUUUGAAGCUCAUUCAGCUGUAGAUGUAGCUCCUGCAGCUAGUAGACGUGAGACAAAGGAUCAUUCGCAAUCUGUGCCAGAUGGCCUUUCAGAAAGUUUGGGCCAUCAAGGCAUGGAUACGGAGAACAACCAAGCAAACACGUUCAACUUGGAUGACACCUUAGAUUUAAAGGUAGACUCGUUGGUUACUUCAACGCCGAUGACUCACUGUAAAGUGUUCCACUUCAGCACCGAACAGGACGAGAGCAAAGCCAUCGCAGCGCAGAAAAAGCUGUAUGGGGAGGGGCCCAGUAAGCCGGUCGUUCAGGUGCCGCCAGACAUUCCAUUAAAUAUCAUCACAGACCGAAAAACCUUGAUGCAGCCCGCAGCGAAAUCCCUCUUGCCUCCUUUGAAAGCUGCAUCACAGCUUUUGAAAUACAACCCAACCUCCACACUUCCAGGGAAAUGUGAGUCGGCAACAUCAAGACUGCCCAUGACGAGACAGAGAACCCAGACUGAAGCUGUGAAGAACCCUGCACCUUCAGCACAGGGGACCACAGGGAUAUCAAGCUCCUACAACCUGCGUGCUACAACAACUGCACUCAAACAGCCCAACUCUGGCCUGCCGAGACCACCUAUGUGUAGCAUACCAUCGGGCAUCCAGAGAUCUGCACCAGGGCUCAGGCCUCCUUCAGCAAAAAGUAACGUAGGGCCUGCAGCUGCUCACCCUGGGGCAAAGAUUACACAACCAAAGAAACACCCCUUAACCAGAGGUGAACCUUUGCCAACAGCAAAGAGGAAGAAAACAGACGGUCCCUUAUCAUCCAGUGGUGCUGAGGCCUCGACUGCCUGUGAUGCUGUGAACGGAUUUAAAAACCCGAAACGACCUGGAGCCAGCUGCAACCAGAGAGUUUUACCAGCUAAAGCCCAAAGAGAUGAUGCUGUAGUGCCCGUCAGUACUGCUGCUGCAGAAAACAUGACCUCUUGCAUCGCAACCAGCAGAAGCAGAACCUUGAAACCGCCUGUAAACAACCAUAGAGCUCAGCCAGCUAAACCACAAGGACAUGGUUGUGCCAAAUGUGUCAUGCUUGAAGAGCAGCUCAAAAUUAAAUCAGCAGAAAUUAAGAGACUGAAAGAAGAGCUGCAGAAGUUCAGUAAACAAGGAGUAGAAUGCUGAAUGUGCCACUGAAAUCCCACUGAACUUUUAAUAUCACAUCUGUUGUUAUUUAAAAAAAAUUAAAGCUAUGGUUUUACUGUAAAUGUAUAUUCUAUUCAAUAAAUCUACUAAUUUUAUUAAUAUUCAUAUGUUAUAGUAUUGACAAUACAAUAUUGUAUUUUAUAUUAAAGCUCCUCAGUGUAGAAUAGUGACUUUGGUUAACUUGUGAUUGCACGACUGAGGUUUGGUCCGAUGUGUGUGCACAUAAUAUAAACUGCACUCCUGACAUGGAUGCAGUUAUAAAUUAAUCUUAUAGUUAUGAAUUGAACCGUAAUAUUUGAAUGUUCUUCCUCAUCUCGCCUUAAAUAAUGUCACACUGAGAAGAUAUGAGAAAGCUUUGUCCACUGCCAGAGUGAAUAUUCAAGUGAACUAAUGGACAGUGCUGAAAUGAAGAUGGUGUAUAUGUGUGUGUUUGUACUCUUUGUGUUUAAACCCUCUGAUAUGCAGUUGAAGGUGUUACCUCACUCGGAGAAAGGCUGUGUGGCCUUGGGAGAUCUUUGAAAUAAACAUGGUGGUGAAACAUCUGAA